CUGAGGUCUUAACAUCCUACGGGGACCACCAGUCUUGACCUGGGAUGUCCUGGACAAGGGCAACCAUUCUGACCGACCAGUCGCUCAGAUAUCUCUUGUUUGGGAAAUAUGUGAGUGAGGCGAUUAGGCGAGGCUCAUCUCGACAACAGCACAAGUUCUGGUUAAAACGGCAGGAUUGUUCGGCACCUUCGGCCCCAGAUUCGGCCCAACCACGUCAAAGCCACAGGGGCAUAGAAGGAGACUAAAGGGGCUUGAGGGGCCGGAGAGCACCUAGACUUUAAGCCACCCCAAGCCCGCAUCUUCGUGUGACAAGGUGCAGGUAGAUGAUAUCGCAAGCUGGUGCCAAGGCUGUACCCCAGUCCCCGGAAAAUCAAUAGCCCGUUUUCCGACCACAAGCACUCAGCGACAUCGACCUUCCUUCUCCCAGGCUUGCUGAUAUCAUUCAAAGUCUUUGAAUCAGCCAUCAACGAAGACACCAACAUCAGGUCGCAAAGUCAGAUAACUUCGAGGCCUCGCGGAAGCAAGGAACCUCCUGGAAAAUAGAUACUCUAUCGUCUCAGUCUGCUACAUCAAGUUUAUCAUUUGAGUCUCCAAUUUAGACCUCAAUCACCAUCCCUCAAAUCUCGUCACAAAAUAUCAAGUCGAGCGUGAGAGCUAUUCACAUGAAUGUGUGUUUGUUAUAGAGGUCGCUUGCAAGCAUUAAUUGUCAAGCAUCCCAAGUUGAUGAAAGAACAGUCCAGACGACAAGCUUUGAUUACCAUUCCUUAAGACCCCGAGAGAUGAAGAAGAAGAUCUGAAGAUCCAGGCCGCCUCAGGAAUCCCUGCCAUCCUUAAGCGACAUCCCUCUCCACCAGAUCCAACCGAUCCUCGUUUCAACAUGGACCGCAAACUUCGACAGAACAAGCCCCGUCUCCUCUUGAUGGGCCAGCGUCGGAGCGGAAAGUCAUCAAUCACCAGUGUGGUGUUCCACAAGCUCCCACCCCAGGAGACUCUCUUUCUUGAGUCAACUACUCGCAUCCAGAAAGACUCUAUGCACUCGUUCAUGGACUUUCAAGUCUGGGAUUUCCCUGGACAGCUCGACUACUUCGAUCCCACCUUCGACACCACCGAGAUCUUCUCUGAGAUCGGCGCACUUGUCUGGGUGAUUGAUGCACAGGAUGACUACUCGGAAUCCCUGAAUCGUCUCACUACCACCAUUCUCAACCUCCAGACCACCUUCCCUCACAUCAACGUCGAAGUCUUUGUCCACAAGAUUGACAGUCUCAACGACGAGUUCAAGGCCGACAUCUUUCAGGACAUUGUGCAACGUGUUGGGGAUGAGCUGAGUGACCAAGGCUACAUCAAUCCCAAUGUCAGCUACCACUUGACCUCAAUCUACGAUCACUCCAUCUUCGAGGCUUUCAGCAAAGUCAUUCAGAAAUUGAUCCCCCAGCUCGACACCCUAGAGACCUUGCUUAAUGUGCUGGUCAACAAGAGUGGUAUGGCCAAGGCGUAUCUGUUUGAUAUUCUCAGCAAGAUCUACGUCGCGAGCGACACUAGACCCAUUGACAUGGAAGUCUAUGAGAUGUGUUCCGACUACAUUGACGUCAUCGUCGACAUCACCGACCUGUUCUCUUACGAACGCAGCGAGAGACGAACCCUCGGCGAGCAGAUGGAAGAAGCCGAGUCCUCUAUGACAAUCCAAGAUGGAACCAUGAUCUAUCUGAAGGAGAUCAACAGAUACCUCUGCCUCGUUGCUUACAUCAAGAAUCCCGAGGCCAAGGACAAGAAAGGCUUGAUCGACUACAACGUUCAUGUCAUUCAGGACGCCAUCAACGACGUGUUCGAGCGCAAGUGGGAGAAGGAAGACAAGAACGAGAAUGGAGAAUCAUCUGCGUCUGAUCAGAAGUCGGCCAGCUCUACAGCGCGCGAUCGUCUCGAAGCACAACUCCAACAGGGCUAAAGCUCGGAACGAGAAUCGAGAUUCACAGUGGUUGCAAAGAUGUAUCAGUAUCACGGGCAAGCAACCAAAACGUGACCUCACGGAGAUGAUGAUUGCAUUGGGCUGUUCAUAGCAUCGAGGACACAGUCACCAAUUGCUGUUGUACAGUAGCAUCCAGUUGGACUCGACGCCUCAUUGGGAGAAGACGUCGAGUUUAGGCAUUGGGAUGGCAAAGAUUCCAGGUUAUUGGUUCAGCCAACUCCAACUCAGGGUUACUAGCUACUGGAUGUGUUUUAUCCUGAACCACUCAUUGAUGGAGUGACUAAUUCCAGGAAAUUACCAGUCUUUUCUGUAGACUCAUCUUCACCAUUGU